AUGAGGAUUAGCGCCUACUCGUGGAGAACUGACGUCGUCGUGCCCAUCGGCAGACUGCUCGUUGAUGUUGAUGUCCUCGCUGACAGGAAGUGCAACCCAGAUCAUCAGCAAUGGCUCCGUUACAUCCCUCUCCCUCACAAGGCAAUGUCUCGCCGCCCGUACAGGGAUGGUGGUCCACCCGACCCAUUGCGGUGUGUCUGUAUUCUUACUGAACGCCCUCCUUCGCCGUAUCCCUUCACCAUAACAGCAUGGACUUUGGAUGACAUCCACGAAGGCAAAUGGACAAUGGAUGUCAAUGUCACCAUGGGAGCAGAGGAGUUCUUCAGUCUUCUUGGAACUGUUGGCCACAGUUGCCUUCCACGUGUACAGCCAAGUUUUCCUUUGGUUAGCUUGGUUGAUCCAGAUGUUAUCUGCUUCCUGCAGGAUGACAUGGACCGUGGCCUUUUCUGGAUGAUUGAGGUCAACAUGAGAAACAAGCAGCUGCAGUCAAGCGCCCUCUAUAUCAGUGAAGAGGAAGAGGAAGAAGGAUAUCCCCCUAAAAGGGGCCGCAGGAACAAUUUCUUUGGCCACCAGUUUAUCCCCAGCAAGUUCUCCUCUUACUUGGCUGACGAUGCCAUCACAAGAAGAAUGGUAUGUGUAGGCCGCUUCCCCAACUCUGAGCUACCUUGUUCAGUUGGUGAAACCGUACCUGCAAUUCUUUUAAGGAUGGGAGUUGAAAGUAUUGAGAUUAAGGAAUCGAAGCAUCUCACUAAUGUCAAAGGAAUAUAUAGUUGCAUCUUAGUAAGGCCAUAG